AAUCUGAAUAUUGACAGCCCAUUUGUAAAACCCUAGCUCCAGAUUAGGGUGCUUUGUGUUGUGUUGUGUUUGCCCGCCUUGUUCGUGAGUAGUGAAGGUGCAGAAUCGAACCUUCCAACAUGGCGUCGAGCGAUCGCACAGUGUUACAAUUCUCUUCAUCUUCUCAAAGUUUCUCCGCGAAGGUUCACCCUCUCGUUAUCUUUAAUAUCUGCGAUUGCUACGUUCGGCGUCCUGACCAAGCCGACCGUGUCAUCGGAACCCUACUCGGAUCCGUCCUUCCGGACGGAACAGUAGAUAUUCGCAAUUCCUAUGCUGUUCCUCACAAUGAGUCUAUUGAGCAGGUUGCUCUGGAUAUAGAGUAUCACCAUAAUAUGUUAAUAUCCCACCAAAAAGUGAAUCCAAAAGAAAUCAUAGUUGGAUGGUAUUCUACUGGUCUUGGAGUAACCGGUGGUAGUGCAUUAAUCCACGAGUUUUAUUCUCGAGAAGUACAACAUCCCAUACAUUUGACUGUUGAUACUGGAUUUACAAAUGGAGGUGGUACCAUCAAAGCAUACGUGUCUAACAAUUUAUCCCUUGGAGAACGGCAAAUUGCUGCACAGUUUCAAGAAAUCCCAUUAGAUCUUCGUAUGAUUGAAGCUGAGCGAAUUGGAUUUGAUAUGCUCAAGGCAACUGCAGUUGACAAAAUUCCUUCAGAUUUAGAAGGGAUGGAAGCAUCGAUGCAACAUCUACUAGUCUUGAUUGAUGAUAUCUACAAAUAUGUUGACGAUGUUGUGGAAGGGCGAGUUGCACCAGACAACAAAAUCGGGAGAUUUAUAUCAGAUGCUGUAGGUUCCCUUCCCAAAGUGUCUCCUCGAGUUUUUGAUAAGCUUGUGAAUGACAGCUUGCAGGAUCACUUGCUUUUGCUAUAUUUAUCUAGCAUCACAAGAACGCAGCUUAGCUUGGCCGAGAAGUUGAACACAGCUGCCCAGAUUCUGUGAUUUUUUUCGCCUCUUUGUGGUGGAAGACAAAUUUUCCUGAUAGUUAUCUUCUCGUUAUGUCAUAUUUCCAGAAACUUGGAAUGUCAGCGUUUUAUACUUCACCUUUACUUUGCUUUUUAUUAUUUUUUAAUAUUUUGUGCUCCUCUUUGCAUAGUUAAGCUCACUUGGAUAUUAGCAGGUAUGCUGUGUAGCUUUCCCUUGUUAAUUUAAUGUAAUAUGAGCGAAUGCCUUCUCUA